GUCAUUGUUCUCGCGCCGGUAGGCGCAGGGGUCGCGGCUGCUUGCCUUCUGUUCCAGAGCUCGCGAGCUCCGGCCGGGCUGCUUCUCCGCGCAUGUAGACAUUACUCAUCCUGGCCCCGGGAAGAAACUCAAGAAGAAGCUUUUGAGACUUAAAGAUUAGAUGGGGCUUGACUUCUGCUGGGCAGCCCCCAGCUAUAGGAGUUCCCCUCCUGAGCAGAGAGGAUGACUACAGAAUUGAGAGAGGCCAUGACCCUGGCCCCUUGGGGCCCAGUGACAGUGAAAAAGGAAGAGGAAGAGGAGGAAACCUUCGUGGGUCAGGCAUCCAGCCAACAAGUGCAUUCUGAAAACAUCAAAGUCUGGGCUCCUGGGGAGUGUCCUCAGACAGGCCUCGAUGUAUCAGAACAGGAGGAAAAGGGUCAGAACUUGUUCUGGGACAUGGCUGUCAUCCUGAAACCAACACAGGAGGCGUCUGCUGCAUCAACCCCCGGCAGUUCCUCAUUACCAGAGACUCUGGCCAAGAGGGAGCUACUGGAGACUCAUGGGAGCAUGACCUGUCUAGGUGCUGAAACCAAGAACCCACAGUUACUCGUUCCAAAAACUGAGAUAUGUGAUGAAGCAGAAAAACCUUUCAUAAUAUCAGGAAGAAUCCAGAAAGUUGACCCUCCAGGACCUGAAUUAGGAGAAGGCUGUGAAAAAGGGAACAUGUUAAAAAGGCAGAGAAUAAAGACGGAAAAGAAAGAUUUCAGACAAGUGACAGUGAAGGACUGUCACAUACCUGAAAACUUCAAAGAAGAGGAAGACCAGAAGUGUCACAAAUCUGAGGAGAGAUAUAGCCUUGGUUCUGGCUCUGUUAAAAAUCAGAAAAGCCAGGCUGGGCAGAAACCUUUUACAUGUAGCGUGUGUGGGAAAGGUUUUAGUCAGAGCGCAAACCUUGUAGUGCAUCAGCGAAUCCACACUGGAGAGAAACCCUUCGAAUGUCAUGAGUGUGGGAAGGCCUUCAUUCAGAGCGCAAACCUUGUUGUGCAUCAGCGAAUCCACACUGGACAGAAACCGUAUGUUUGUUCAAAGUGUGGGAAAGCCUUCACUCAGAGUUCAAAUCUGACUGUACAUCAAAAAAUCCACUCCUUAGAGAAAACCUUUAAGUGCAGUGAAUGCGAGAAAGCCUUCAGUUACAGCUCACAACUUGCCCGGCACCAGAAAGUCCACAUUACAGAAAAAUGCUAUGAAUGUAACGAGUGUGGGAAAACAUUUACUCGAAGCUCAAACCUCAUUGUCCACCAGAGGAUCCACACCGGGGAGAAGCCCUUUGCCUGUAAUGACUGCGGCAAAGCCUUCACACAGAGCGCAAAUCUUAUCGUGCAUCAGCGAAGCCAUACUGGUGAGAAGCCAUACGAGUGCAAAGAGUGUGGAAAAGCCUUUAGUUGUUUUUCACACCUUAUCGUGCACCAGCGAAUCCACACCGCGGAGAAACCUUACGACUGCAGCGAGUGCGGGAAGGCCUUCAGUCAGCUCUCUUGCCUUAUCGUGCACCAGAGGAUUCACAGCGGGGACCUUCCGUAUGUGUGUAAUGAGUGCGGGAAGGCCUUCACCUGCAGCUCGUACCUGCUGAUUCAUCAGAGGAUCCAUAAUGGGGAGAAGCCGUACACAUGCAGCGAGUGUGGCAAGGCCUUCCGGCAGAGGUCGAGCCUCACCGUGCACCAGAGAACCCACACCGGGGAGAAGCCCUACGAGUGUGCCAAGUGCGGUGCGGCUUUCAUCUCCAACUCACACCUCAUGCGCCACCACAGAACCCAUCUCGUUGAGAGCACAUAGAGGGACGAGGGAGACCUCCAGGCGCCAGUCAGAACCUCCCGCCCCCGCCCCCCCCAAGUCAGACACCUCUUGGCUGUUUUCUCCUCCUUGGUGAAAACGAGGCCUGCUCUGUCCUUAAAAGUAAUAGUUUUCAGGAGUGCAGCGCAAAACACAAGAGAGGCAUUUCAGAGGCUAAUUUAAAGAAAAUGAAAACGAAGGCCUCAAGGCAAGGAUUUUGUUUUUCACUUGGUGCCCCAAGUGUCAUGGUGUCUGAAGUGGAAUGUGGCUUUCUUAGAAAUGGAUCAUACAGAGCUCAGUGAUAAAGAUCCCUUUGGGGGAAAGGCAUUUUUCACUUAACUUUGUUUUUGAAAACUCUGGUAAUUUCUUGGGCAACGGGCAGGUUACUGGUGGAGGUCUGCCUGAUGGAAUUCCGGAGCUUUGAACCUUGUAUUCUAAUAUUUUGGGUUAAGCAGCGACUCAUUAAGGAAACCACUUGGGGUAGCAGUUCACCAACAACUCACCUAUGAACAUUUAUAGGUUUUCCAUUCCCUAGGUAAUUAAAAAAAACAAAAACACCCUACUAACCAUCUAUUGCUCCUAACAUGGAUGGAAGUAGGAAACAUUCGUUUCCCUCAUCAUCUGUACCUCAUGAACGUUGGUGUGGUAAAGCUCUGGGGACCUCUGACGAGAGUCUCUUCUGACCGUUUCCCAGCCUGCAUGGCCAAGCAAUUGAGGACUGAUGGAGACAGCCACAGACGCUGCUGGGUUGUGUCCCUUUGCUAAGGUCAACAGCUCUUCCCAUAACUUAACCCCAGUUGCCAUUGCAUUCCGUUUGAGUGAGACGCUGCUAGCAGCCCCCUUCCCAGAUAGAGGCAUCAGAGAAUAAAGCUUCCCUGGAGGUAUGCCCGCUUUGUCUCUGCUCUCAUUCUGCUCAGGCCCAAGCAGGGGGCUCAGUUGGGUGUCAUUGUCACUUUCUGGAUGGUCUUUAGAAGAAAUAAUGGAGCCCUUCUAAUUCUGAGAGGAGCCAAGAGGGAAAUGAAAAGAGAGGGAGGAAGCAGAGUGGGAUUCCUAAGGUCUUCAUUUGUUUUUUUUAGAAGUUCAAAGGUAUUGGAAUAUGCAAACUUUUAGAAGGAUGAAGAAACUGGCUAAGGUAAGAUACCUUUGUUACCAUUGAGCCUUUACUCCCGAAAAACAAUUUCUACAACUAUGCAAUAGGUAGAGUUAUGUAAUAAUAUUGCCUUGUAUUUAUAUAGAACUUGAUUCUUUGUCUGUGUACCUUCAUGUGUAGAGUCAUGAUACCCGGCACUUACCUCAUACUUUCAGAUAGAUCAUUACCUUAAUCCUUGUAACACUGAAAGAGGUGUUUGCCCCCUUUACCUGAGAGAGGUCAUUUAACACAAGACCAAGUAACAAGUGACAGCCUGUAUUCAGGCCCAGGUCCUAAAUCCAGGUUCCCUCUGUUCUUCUAUGUUUAUCCCAUGUCUCACCACCUGUAACCCCACCCAGAUCUGUGGGAAAGCCUGAGAAAAGGGUAUAUAGAAAAGGUAUAUAUAUAUAUAUAUAUAUAUAGGUGAGGAAGCUGAGGUGACAGAUUUGGGGAUUUGCCUUAGGCAGUGUGCCCAGCAAGCAGCAAAUCUAAGGCUGGAGUUUGAGUCUCCUAAUUUCUGGGUCUGUCUCCACUCCCGCUCUCAGCAAGCAAGAGUGUUUAUCAUAAAUGCUAUACCUGGUGAAAGCAAUUGGGGGCACCUCUCGUGCAUAAGUCCACGCAUUUAUUGUGUCAUUUCUACAAGACUAAAUAUUAGUUAGCAUAGCGUUUUGUAGUUUACAGAGCACUUUCACAUACAGAAGGCAUACACAAGAAAGCUUAUUAACUUUUUUCCCCCCUUUAACCACAGUCUUUCAUCAAAGCAUGUGUGACAACUUCUCCCAGUUUCAUUCUAAAUCAUAUAGACACAAAUACAAAAACAUCAAUACAGUUCAAAAGUAAGAAUCAAAAAUGCUCAUGCGGGGCUUCCCUGGUGGUGCAGUGGUUGAGAGUCCGCCUGCUGAUGCAGGGGACACGGGUUCGUGCCCUGGUCCAGGAAGAUCCCACAUGCCGCGGAGCAGCUGGGCCCGUGAGCCAUGGCCGCUGAGCCUGCGCGUCCGGAGCCUGUGCUCCGCAACGGGAGAGGCCGCAACAGUGAGAGGCCCAUGUACCGCCAAAAAAAAAAAAAAAAUGCUCAUGCCCUCACAGACCCUGGUAGUGACUCUUUCUGUCCCCUCUCUGGGAGUGGAAAGACCCAAAGAUAACACCACAUGUCUCCACUGAGAUUAGGAACAAGUUAGGUUUUUCCCCCUGCAUGAUCAGGAGGCUUAGAGAGGGUGAGCAGGUCUGAAGAUUUGAGGUAGAUCCGUGACCCUGACCCACCAAGAGGCCAAAAGUGUGCUUUCCUGAAAGGUAUCAGCUGGGAUUUGUGACCAUUAAGAUGGUUAAACUGUUUGAGCCACAUGCUGUAUAUUUAUUCUUGUAAAUGAAUACUCAGUCAUGACUGAUUGUGAUCUCCUGGCUAGAGAUUUCUAUUCAUAGGGAGCUCAGAAGAGCUGUCCAGGUGAUUGUGAUAUAAAGCCAGGUUUGGGAAUCACUGACCCACCGUUUUACAGCAGUGGUUUUUAACCUUGGCUGCAUGUUAGAAUCAUCUAGGACACGUGAAAUUUUUUCCAUUUUAGGCCUCAGUACUUUUUAAAACUUAGAAGGGGAAUGAGCCACUACAGACAAGUAAAACCUGCAGGUCACAAAUGUGUGUGAUCAAAGGUGGAAGGGAACUCCAAUAUAAGGAUCUGGAUGCGCAUUGUUCUGUUUCAGCAAAACAGGACAGUAACUACAUUGCCUUCCGUGCCUCUGACAACCCUUGGCUGCUGGGACUCUGUGACCUAACUUCCUGUAUUUGUAUUUUAAGUGCAUAUACCAAACAUUUUAUUUAUAUGAGCAAACCAAGUUCUACCUAACAUGCUUUUCUGUUCCUCAUUCAACAAAAUGACUUUUUACAUUUUUGCUUAUAUUUCAUCUCCAGGUCUGGGUUUCCACCAAUCUGCACCCAGGUUCAGGACCCCCGAUCCUACACAAAUCCUGUGAGCCUAGUAGGUUACUAGACAGAUCAGUUCCUUCCCCAACUCAUAAAAACUUUCCCUCCCAAUUAAAUUCCAGCCCUCAAAAUAAAUUACCUCCCACUUUUUUCUACAGGGUUUCUGAUAGGAGAGGAGUGACUACCCUUUGUUGUCAGACUUGGCUUAGGUUUUCCUUUUCCUUGGGGUCAUCUCCCUUCUUUCUGGGCUGGUCUUGCCAGAAGUAGAUGGGAACUCUGAAGCCCCAUUUUCUUAAGUUGCCAAGAGCUAUCAGUCUUAUAGAUCUCAGAGUCAGACCUAGUGAUGAGCAUUAAGGGUAGAGCCAAGAAGUCUGUUUUUACCCUCAAAUGAGACCAACAGAUGUAUGUUACGUGGAGCACAGGGAUGAGAAAGUGAAAUCACGUAUAGGUGCUUUGGAGGCUCGGUGGGGAGAGAUUCUUCAUCAGCAUGCGUACACACACACCCCUCUCAAACAUAAUUGGCUGUGAAUUCCUCCAGGCUCAGGAAGCUAGUCCUUUUUCUAUGCUCUGGAUCCCCUCCCUCCCCUAGGUGGUCAUCCCUCUCCCACUUCUGUCACUUCUCCCAUUGUGUGCCUAACUUUUCUGGGGUCACAGCCCCUUUGAGAAUCUGAUGGAGGUUGUGGACCCUCUUCAGGAGAAACUCGGAUUGCACUCUCAGUUCUGUGCUUAUUUGUGGAGGCAUAUAAAUUCCCUGAGGCCAAUCCGUGGAGCCUCCAGGGCCUCAAGUCACACCUGGGGAUGCACUACAUAAUUGCCCUCACAUGCUACAAAGUGGUGGCUUUUUAAAAAAUGAGGUCAGAUUAUGGAAUCUCUGAGGAUGUUGCCCAGAUACAUAACCUUUUCAGUCUUACUUCUCCUGGCUUCCCUCCCUCAGCAAAUGGCAUUAUCCAGCACCCAGACUGGAAACCCAGGAGGCAUUUCUGGCUUCCGAUGUAUCAUGUGUUGAUUACAAAAAUAUUUAUUAUGCACUCUCUUUGUGGCAAACAUGGUGCUAGGUCCUGGGUUGCCAAAGCAAACAAGGCCUACCAUACCCCCUUUUCAUGUCUCUCAUGGGAAAGAUGUCUGGAUCCCUCAACAUGAUUUACUGAGCUCUUCCCAGCCUCAUCGCUUCACUUCACACGCACCUUUACUGCAGCCUGGAGGCACGUGCUUGCUCUUCUCGUGCCUUUGCUCACACUGUCCUCGGUGCCUGUGAUACCUCACCACCACACCCCACAGCCCCUGUCUGCUUUGCCUAACAUUUGGUUUCUUUUAAGAUUUGGCUCAGGCCCAUCUCUGGGAAACCUCUGACUGCCCUAUGGCCAAGAAGUAUAUUUAGAAGUAUUGAAGAGCAUGAUAUUUGUAUCCAGAGUUUUACUUUAUGCUUUAAAGUGAAAAAAGUCUGGAUUCGAAAUUGUGUAUAUAGUACAGUUCUCACAUAAUGUUAUGUACACUGUAUACUAUGAGAAAGUAUAUAGAUAAACAUGAAGGAAAUAUAAGAAAAUGUUAUAAAUGGUUGACUUGUUCAGAGCCAUACAAAUGGUAAAUUGCAGAGCCUGGGCUCAAACCCAGGUCCUAGGGAUAAUGGAAUUAUGGGUGAUUAGAAGUUUUUUUAAAAGUAAUUUCCAUAUUUUUUAUAAGGAACAAAAAUUUUAUAAUCAGGAAAAAUAAAUUAUUUAUUGUAACUACAAAUUUAGUUUUAUUGUAUUAACUGUAAACAGUAUCUCAAUUCUCCAUUUUGUAGAAUGGGGGAUGCACCCUGCUUCUGUCUCCUCCCCUUGUCCACCUCUCUGCCUCUGACAAUGUCAAGUCUGCUAAUUCUUGAAUUCUGUUCUGAAACCAUAGUCUUUUAUGCUUUGUUUAUUGAUUUGUUCUGAAAAUUGAA